AUGCAUGCUAGUGGUUUAACUGACUCCAUCACACCUAGAAUUAGAACUAAGCUUGAAGAAAUCAAAUACAAUAGUAGAUUAUGUACUUGCAAACCUGCUGUUGGUGGCAAGUUCCAAGUGAACAUAGGAGAGGAUCAAUUUGUGGUUGAUAUCAAUAUGCACACUUGUACUUGUAGAGCAUCGCAGAUAACAAGCAUUCCUUGUAUCCAUGCAUGUUCUAGCAUUCAUUGGAUGAACCAGGAUAGUGCAACCUUUGUGGACAAGUACUUUAGUGUAGAAACUUAUAUUGAAACCUACAAAAAUGCUCUUGAGCCACUGAAUGGCAGAAAAAUGUGGCCAGAAGCUUAUGGGCUUCCAAUCAAGGCACCCAAAUUUAAGAAAGUGCCUGGCAGACCUAAGAAGAACAGGAAGAGAGAUAUCACUGAAGACCCAAAGAAUCCUAAUAAGCUGUCUAGACAAGGAAUUUAA